AUGAACCUGGCCCACACCACUCUGCUCCUGUGCACUUGGGGGAGUCUCCAGGCCUUUGAAAUUGUGGAGAAAGAGAACAUUUUUCAGAGGACCCCCUGCCCAGCUUUCCUAAUGUUUGACAACGCAGCCUACCUGGCCGACAUGAGCUUUGAGCUCCCCUGCCACUGCAAGCCUGAGGAGGUGUCUGCUGUCGUCUGGUACUAUCAAAAGCAACUAGGUAGCAGCCACACCAAAGUGCUGACAGACUUCGAUGGGCGAGUGCUGACUGAGGCGGCCCACCUGCGCAUGGGCAGCGACAUGCUGGUCCGCUUCAGCAUCCGCAUGUUCAGCCUGUUGGUUUUCCAGGCCCAGCCUGAGGACUCAGGCUUGUAUUUCUGUGGCACCCGCAAGGGGGACUACUUUUAUGCCUAUGAUGUGGACAUUCAGAGCAGUGAGGGGAUGGUGGCCACCUUCAAGGACCAGGGCCAGGAACCUAUUGCAGAUGAGCACCACGGGAGCCUCCGUGUCUUCACCACCUUCUGGGAGUGGACUCCCUGUGACCGCUGUGGGGUGCGCGGGGAGCAGUGGCGCAUCGGCCUCUGCUACCUGCAGAGCCCAGAUCUCUCCCCACGCUACCGCAGGGCACAGCCUGACGUGGUGUCCUGCGGUUCUCAGGCUGUGCCCAGGAAGCUCCGGGCCAAGGCCAGGGAUCGUACACCUGAGCUCCUGGUUCGGAGCUGCAUGGUGCCCUGUGAGAAGAGCAAGAAGAUCCAGGAGGGUGUAAUGGCCAUCUUCAACUAUGUGUCCAAAGUGGGCAGCCGGCCCUGGAUGCCUCAGGUGCCCAUUCAGUUCCACCAGCAGAGGCUGGGCCAUGGACUCAUCAUCUCCUGUCCUGGGGCCCGGCCAGAACAUGCUGUGGCCUGGGACAAGGACCACCAGUACCUGUACCUCACACAGUACCUGAGAGGCAUCAACAGGUCCAUGAGGGUGUUCAUUGACCAUGGCAACCAUCUCCACAUCCGCUUCACUCAGCUAGGUGACCGGGGCAUUUACUAUUGCUGGCGGCAGGGGGUGCAGAUCGCUGGGUUCCGACUGGGCGUGAUAUCUCGAGGCUUCUACCCGGUCUCCUUCUCAGAUCCUGAGACUCGCUCUGCUGUUAAGCUCACUCUGAUAGGCUACCUGCUCAUCACGGCAGUGUUCGUCACCAUUCAUCUCUGUCGCUGCUGCUGUUACUUAUUUCACUGUGGUCCCAACUUCUUCCCCUAGGCUCUCCCUUCCCCAGCUCUGAAAACCAGGUGUGUUUAAAUGUGUUUGUGAAAUGAUAUCAGAUGCCUCUGGGUGGGCAUCCUGGGCUGGGAUGUGUGGCAAGGGGGUUUGGACCGAUCUCUUCGUUACAACCUGCUCCGCAUUUUCAUGGGCACACACCUGGGACCUGAUCUGGGAAGGAAGGAAGCCUGAGGCAGGCGGGAGCUGGGAACUGAGGCCAAGAUGGAAGAGCCAGGGCGUACAUACCCUCUGACCUCACACUCAGAGAAGGAGGAAGUGAGCCUGAUAUUUAUCAAAUGGCCUAUUUGGCGUUGAACAGUAUUUGAGGUGCUUAAUUUUCUCGUCUGCAAGGAUUGCUGAGUGGGCACUGGUUGAAUUGGGGUAGCAGGGAGAGGAAGAAAAGAGAGGGGGGCCUAGUGUAUGUCCUCUCUGCUUCCUCCCCAGCCUCAUCCUGGGACGAGAAGGUUGAAAUGGUGGGUUUGGGAAUAAAGGUAAAGGCUAGAACAGGGGAAUUGAGGAAAGUGGAGGUCAAAUUCAAGGCUUUCCUACGAAACUGCCUGGAGGUGAGAAGAGGGGCCGGGAGCCAAAGGCAGGGGCUGGGGACCCAGGGAAGCCAAAACAGAGCAGGGUUGGA